AUGACUCAGGUUACAUCCUUCCUUUUCGAUAGAUCAGGUCCAUUUUGUGAGGAACCUGGUGAUCCUUGUGCCUCUCAGCCAUGCCAGAAUGGAGGUAUAUGCCAGUAUAACCAGUCUGGAUAUAUUUGUGAUUGCCCUUCUGGUUUUCUUGGUCACAACUGUGAAAUUGACAUCAAUGAAUGUUCUUCAAGGCCAUGUCAGAACAGAGGUACAUGUAUCGAUUUGCCAAAUGAUGUGGCAUGUAUCUGUAUGCCAAUAUUUACUGGCAAGUUCUGUGAGAGAAUACUGAAUCCAUGUGAAUUAUUGCCUUGCUUAAAUAAUGCAACUUGUGUAGCUCAACAGCAAAACUAUAACUGCCGCUGCAUGCCAGGAUUCACUGGAAAGCACUGUGAGGAAGUAAUUGACUACUGCAGGCUGCUCAGCAUCAACUGCCUGAAUGAAGGAUUGUGUCUUAAUACAAUUGGAGGAUUCACUUGUCUCUGUGCACCUGGAUGGACUGGAGAAUUUUGCCAAUUUGCUGAAAAUGCAUGUUUAAUUUACCCAAAUAAUUGUUCUGAUGGAGCAACUUGUAUUGAUCUGAGUCAACUGAGAGAACAACCUUUGUUUCAGUGUUUGUGUCCUCAUGAUUUUACAGGAGAACUCUGCGAGGUGCAAAUUGACAACUGUGGCUCCAAUUCAUGUGAAAAUGGAGGAACAUGUACUGGCUAUGAAGAUCAUUUUAAGUGCACUUGCCCUAUAGGUUUUGAAGGUGAAAGAUGUGAACUCGAUAUUGAUGCCUGCCUAUUCAACAAUAUAAGCUGUGCCCCAGGAGCACUGUGUAUGGAUAAAUCUCAUGGAUUUAAUUACACAUGUUUAUCACCAUGUAUUGGAAACACAGAGGUAUGUGCAAAUGGAGGUAGUUGCUUCUACGAUGAAGAAAAUCAGAGAUCUCACUGUGUCUGUGCUCUUGGAUGGACUGGAAACACAUGCCUUGAGAACAUUAAUGACUGUGAGAUAAACCAGUGCCAACAUGGAGCCACAUGUGAAGAUGGAAUUAAUAAAUACAGGUGCAUAUGUCCCCUUGGUUACACUGGCACAUUUUGUGAACUUGAUAUAGACAACUGCAUUGGAAACCAGUGCUCUCAAUAUGGAUUCUGCCAGGACCACUUGCAUAAUUACAGCUGCUACUGUGUGCCUGGAUAUGAAGGACCCUUUUGUGAAGUUGAAAUUAAUGAAUGUUCAAGUUCACCUUGCAAAAAUGGAGCUACUUGUGUGGAUUUAAGUGGCCACUUUUCUUGUCAUUGUACUGCUGGAUUCAAAGGAGAAACAUGUUCUGUUCGCAUCAAUGAGUGUCAAGACAGACCUUGUUGGAAUGGAGGAACCUGUGAAGAGGACAUAAGUGGCUUCAAAUGCAAUUGCCCCUUCGGAUUUGUAGGCCUGAACUGUGAAAUCAACUUUGAUGAGUGCACUUAUGGCUUCUGUAAAAGCAAUUCAACUUGUUUAGACCUGGUUGCAGACUACAGCUGUGCUUGUCCUCCAGGAUUCACUGACAAAAACUUCACGGAUAUUGAUGAAUGUUCCUCCAAGCCCUGUAAAAAUGGAGGUGAUUGCCACGAUUUGCUUGGUGAAUUUUACUGUAGCUGUUUGCCAGGUUUUACUGGUGAGUUAUGUGAAGCAGAUGUUGCCGCCUGCCUAUCACAACCAUGCGGAGCCUCCAGCAUCUGUAAAGAUAUUGUGGGUGGCUAUCUUUGUUUCUGUGCUCCUGGUUUUAUAGGUCAUAACUGUGAGAUUGAAGUGGAUGAGUGUCUUAGUGACCCUUGUCACAAUGGAGCUACUUGUGUUGACCACCUGAAUGCCUUUAGUUGCAUCUGUCAGGAUGGAUUUGAAGGUACAACUUGUGAAACAAAUAUUAAUGAAUGUCAGUCUUCUCCAUGUCUUCAUAAUGCAUCAUGCGCAGACCUUAUUGGUGGCUAUAAAUGCGCCUGUCUACCUGGCUUUACUGGUGCAAGAUGUGAAACAGAUACAGAUGAGUGUGCUUCAUUUCCCUGCAAGAAUGGAGCCACCUGCAUUGACCAACCUGGUAAUUAUUUCUGCCAAUGUGUGGCUCCGUUUAAAGGUUUGAACUGUGAGUUUAGGGCUUGUGAGGCCAGCAAUCCCUGUGAGAAUGGAGCUGUGUGCAUAGAAGAAAUGAAUUUGGAUGUUUUUCCCCUUGGAUUCCACUGCCAGUGUGUGAAGGGCUUUGCAGGUCCACGCUGUGAGAUCAAUGUCAAUGAGUGCAGCUCUAACCCUUGCCUCCACGGAUACUGCUAUGACAUUGUCGAUGGCUUCUAUUGUUUGUGCAACCCAGGAUAUGCAGGACUGAAAUGUGACCAAGACAUUGAUGACUGCAUAGUCAACGCUUGUGAACACAAUUCUACAUGUGUUGAUCUACAUCUGAGAUACCAGUGUGAUUGCUUACCUGGAUGGGAAGGAAAAUUUUGUGAAAAGGAAUCAAAUGAAUGUAAUUCAGACCCUUGUAGGAACAAUGGCACGUGCAUGGACCUUUUCAACAGUUAUCGAUGCACAUGUACAGCAGGAUGGACAGGGCCAGACUGCAGUGAAGAUAUAAAUGAAUGUGAAUCUCAACCAUGCUUGAAUGGAGCCACGUGUUUUGAAUCUGUGAAGCCAGGGCAGUUUGUAUGCAUUUGUCCUCCAUUUUAUACUGGCGACUUCUGCCACCAGCGCUUUAGCCCCUGUGAGCUGCCUUACAAUCCAUGUAUAAACAAUUCAACCUGCUUGGCACAAGUAGAUGGAAAACCAAUGUGCAUUUGCAAAACAGGAUUUGAGGGUACUUACUGCGAAGUUAACAGUGAUGAAUGCAUCUCCCAUCCAUGCCAGAAUGGAGGUCUCUGUGUGGAUGGGGUCAACCACUACAGGUGCUCCUGCCAACAUGGCUUUACUGGGACCCAAUGUGAAGUGGAGAUUAAUGAAUGCUUAUCAAGACCAUGUAAGAACAAUGGAACUUGCCUGGAUCUCAUAAACAGAUUCAUUUGUAAUUGUGCACCUGGAUACUAUGGGUCUCUGUGUGAGAUGGAUGUAAAUGAGUGUGAAACUUUGCCUUGUUUACAUGGAGGAAGCUGCAUCAACAGGCUUGGAGGUUAUCAAUGUCUCUGUCUACCUGGAUUCACAGGUGAUAGGUGUGAAGUAAAUAUAGAUGAAUGUAUGUCUUCUCCUUGCCUCAACAAUGGAAGUUGCAUUGAUGGCAUGAGUUCCUACAAAUGUCACUGUAAGAGAGGUUUCAUCGGAACAAACUGCGAGAUAAAUGUUAAUGAAUGUUUGCCAAAUCCUUGUCUUCAUGGAAGAUGCAUAGAUCUCAUUGACGGGUAUCGAUGCUCUUGUGAACCAGGAUGGACCAGCUCAAGAUGCGAGACAAAUAUUAAUGAAUGUGAAUCUGCUCCCUGCAUUAACGGAGGUUCUUGUCAAGAUGCCAUCAAUGCAUUUGUUUGUGCUUGCCCGAGUGGGUACAUGGGCAGGUUUUGUGAAGUUGAUGUUGAUGUUUGCAGUGAGUCCACACUGAACUCUGUUCUAUGUUACAAUGGAGGUGUAUGUGUUGAUGGGCCUGGAAGAACAUUUCAUUGCAGGUGUCUUGCUGGAUUUUCUGGACAAUUUUGUGAAAUAGAAAUUAAUGAGUGUAAUUCAUCACCUUGUCUACAUGGCUCAACCUGUGCUGAUCAUAUCAAUGGAUACACUUGUAAAUGUCAACAAGGAUGGGAGGGCCUUCAUUGUGAGUUGGAUGUUGAUGAGUGCAUAUCCAACCCCUGCAUACAUGGUAUUUGUGUUCAGAAGGAGCCCAGCUUUGGUUAUUCAUGUUUUUGCAAGCCAGGAUUUGUGGGACGAAGCUGUGAGCUUAAUUAUAAUGAUUGUCUUAUACACUCCUGCUCCACUGGGUUUCUUUGUGUUGAUGGAUUAAACAAUAUCACCUGUUUACCUACUGUGCCUCAAAACAAGAAAAUUCUCACUGGAGUGGCCGAAGGGCUUCCUGCUGAAAUUUUAGACAAUGACCUUCCAUCAGCGCAGGCUGUGUCUAUGGAACUUCAGUCUAAACAUGUUUCUCCUGAUUUUCAUGAAGGAGAGGUAUCCCAAGAUUUUAGUUAUGCUCGCUACUAUGGUGAUUCUUACCUGGAAUUUCAAGGCUUACAUUUGAACAUGCAAAAUUUCAUCCAUCUGGAAUUUAGGACCUAUAAUCCUCAUGGACUUCUCUUAAAUAUUGAACAGAGCCUGGAAACAAUACAACAUUUUUUAAUUCGGCUUGUCAUCAAAAAUGGUACUUUAGAGUACCAGUAUUUAUGUGAUGAAGCUGCAGAAGUCAAAAGUAUCACUACCACUGCUAGAGUGGAUGAUGGACACUGGUAUAACGUGCAAAUUAGGCAAGGCAUGGUACCAUGCGAAGCAGAAAUGUCAGUCAUGAAGUUAUCUUCAAAUACAAAUGUAACUAGAAGUUACUGGUCCAGCUCUUACUGGCUUGAAACAGGAUCCAUAUUUGUUGGUGGUUUGCCUCAUCCUUAUGGAGCAAAACAGAUUUCUGGACCUGUCUACAAUUUCACUGGCUGUAUAAAAGUCAUAGAAAUCAAUAACGUCGGACCUUUCAGCUUCUCUAACGCUGUGGGAAGAAGUAAUGUUGACAAUUGCAGAGUCUCUGUACCCACACAUCUAUCAACAGCAUUCCCUGUGGUUCCUUCUGAUGUGCCUCACUUGCCUGGCCCUGGUGAGGCCUCUCAGAUUUCCCCUGCAUUAGCAUCUGUGUGCCAGGAAGGACUGUGCCAUAAUGGAGGGACUUGUCAUCCUCUCUCUCUGCCUGCUGGGGCCACCUCGUUCCAGUGUGACUGUCCACUACACUUCACUGGUCGAUUCUGUGAAAAAGACAUAGCACUGUUUUUUCCAUCCUUCACUGGAAAUUCUUAUUUGGAGCUACCUUCUCUGACAUCUGUAUCUGAUACCAGGACUGCAUCUGGGCAGGAAACAAGCAAUCUGACGACUCUGUACUUGACAGUGAAAACAACUGCUCUAAAUGGCACAAUCCUUUACACUGGUGAAAGAAAUUUUGGAGAGCAGUUUCUUCACUUGUAUCUUGUGGAGGGAAGACCAACAGUUCGAUUAGGCUGUGGAAACUCUCAGAACAUUCUGACUGUAUCCCUGAACCAAUCUGUCAGCAAGGGUGUACUUACCCCUAUUACAAUAAGCUACAUGUUGCCUGUGGGCAGUCCUGAAGGUUACUGCAUGAUGGAACUGGCUGCAGAUGGAAACCCUUCUGUACAGCACAGACUUUCUUUCUCACAUCGAGUAUCUCAGAUCACCUUUGGAUCAAUCUUCCUUGGAAAUGUUCCUGUUCAUGAGGAGGUUAAUCGAUGUGCUGGGCAGAUAUAUGGCUAUAAAGGAUGCAUUCGAGAUUUUCAAGUUAACCACAGAGAGUUGCUCAUCAUAGAUGAGGCUCUUGAAGGAAGGAAUGUUGAGAACUGCAAUGUCCCGAUAUGUGAUUAUCAUCCAUGCCACAAUGGUGGGACCUGCACUAGUGAUGAAGAAAAUUGGUAUUGUGAAUGCCCUAAACUCUACACUGGAAAACUCUGCCAGUUUGCAACUUGUGAUGAAAAUCCAUGUGGAAACGGUGCUACAUGUUUUCCAAAGUCCAGGCGAGAUGCUGUUUGCUUGUGUCCAUAUGGAAGGUCUGGCAUCCUCUGCAGUGAUGCUAUUAAUAUUACUCAACCAAGUUUCAGUGGCACAGAUGUCUUUGGCUAUACCUCAUUCCUAGCUUUUUCUACAAUCCCAAAUAUCACCUUCUACUAUGAAUUUCGCUUGAAAUUUCAGUUGGCAAAUCACCACUCAGCUUUACAAGACAACCUGAUUUUUUUCACUGGACAGAAGGGCCAAGGUCUAAAUGGAGAUGAUUUCUUGGAGUUAGGCCUCCGUAAUGGGAGAGUGGUAUAUAGCUACAAUCUAGGUUCUGGCACAGCAACAAUCAUUAGCAAACCACUUGAUCUGACACACAAUGUUCAUGUCAUACAUCUUGGCAGAAGUCUCCAGAAAGGCUGGCUGAAGGUGGAUGAUCAGAAGAAUAAAACUGUCACUUCUCCUGGGAGGCUGGUUGGACUCAAUGUCUUCAGUCAGUUUUAUUUAGGAGGCUAUCAUGAGUAUACUCCAGAACUCCUACCAAAGGGACCCAGAUUUAAGAAUGGCUUUCAAGGUUGCAUUUUUGAAGUUCAAGUUCGCACCAGCCUUUAUCAAGGGUUUAAAUCGCCAGGAACUCCGGAAGGACACCCCAGUUCUGGUCGCAGUGUUGGACAAUGUAAAGAUUCCCCAUGCAGUUUAAUAAAAUGCAGAAAUGGUGGCAAGUGCAUAGAAACUGGCUCUACUGUUUACUGUGACUGCCUCACUGGAUGGAAAGGUACAUUUUGCACAGAAACAGUGUCAGUGUGUGAACCUGAGCAUGACCCUCCACAUCUGUGUCAGCAAGGCAGUACCUGUGUGCCACUGCCUAACGGCUACACAUGUCACUGUCCUCUUGGAACAACUGGUACUUACUGUGAACAAGAUAUUUCCAUUAGUGAUGCAUCCUUCAGAAAUAAUGAAUCAUCAUGGAUGUCAUUUACACCCUUUUAUAUCCGGUAUAAGACCCAUAUUAAACUGCAGUUCCAGCCUCUCUCUCCAGAUGGUAUCCUGUUCUACACUGCUCAGCAUUUGGGUACUCAAUCAGGUGACUUCCUAUGUAUAUCAUUAGUAAAUGGAUUUACACAGUUACGCUACAACCUUGGAGACAGAACAAUCAUCCUACAGGCCCUUCAGAAGGUCCAUGCAAAUGGUAAUACAUGGCACUCACUCCAUGCAGGAAGAGUUGGUAAUGAAGGCUACUUGGACCUGGAUGGUAUCAAAGUUACUCAAAAAGCUAGUCCUGGAAUGAAUGCACUAGACACACACACAGAUUUUUUUGUUGGAGGGGUAUCCUCCUUACACCUUGUUAAUCCAAUGGCAAUAGAAAAUGAACCCACAGGUUUCACUGGAUGUAUUCGAGAAAUUAUUAUAAACAACAGGGAACUGAAUCUUACCGUGACUGACCCCAAAGGUGGAGCCAACAUUGGUGACUGUGAUGGAACAGAUUGUGGUUAUACUGUGUGCAAAAAUAAUGGAACAUGUCAGGUUGAAAACUCAGGCUUUUCUUGUUCUUGCCCAAAAGAGUGGACAGGGAACACAUGUGAACAAUCUAUUUACUGUUCACAAAACAUGUGUGGGUCUCACGCGCUCUGUAUUCCUCAGCCUUCUUCAUUUUCAUAUACCUGUGCAUGUACACUAGGUUGGACAGGUAAGUACUGCAAUAACAAAAUCAAAUUUUAUAUAGCAGAGUUUGUUGGUAACUCCUACAUUAAAUACAUAGAUCCUUUUUAUGGAAAAAGAGACCUCCAGUACAGCCGCCUUUCUUUAAAUUUUACUACCAAUCAAACUGAAGGUUUAAUAGCAUGGAUGGGAAAAAGUGAAGAUGAAGAUAAUGACUUCCUUGCCAUUGGUCUUGCCAAUGGAACUUUAAAAGUUGUGAUUAAUCUUGGAGAAAGAAUCUCUGUCCCUUUAAUGCAUAGCAAAUAUUUCACCUGUUCUGAUGGAAGAUGGCAUUUCAUUACUGUAGUUCAAAACCAAACUUGCAUUAAGGUUUAUCUUGAUGAGGAACUAAUCCUUUUUGAAGAUAUUGACCCAAGAAGGAAAUACACUGCUUUAAACUACGGUGGCAUUUGUUACUUUGGUGGAUUUGAAAUUGGCAGGAAAGUUAAUAUAGUCACUACGGGGCUUUUUCAGAAGGAAUUCUUUGGUAAAAUUAAAGAUGUUGUGCUCUUCCAAGAUUCUAAAAAGAUUCAGCUAAUGAAAGGAGAAGGAUACAACAUUCAUGAUGGAAAUUAUGGAAAUUAA